AUGGGUUCAUGCGUUAGUAUGUCAAGCAAAUUGUACGAAAUGAGAGUUCGAGAUAAUAGUGAUGGUAUCAACGAACAAGCUAUUAUCUUACUAUCACGAUUUAUGCUUAAAGCAGAUGCUAUUAAUACUACCGCAGACAGAAGUUUAACAGCUUCAAAUACAUCACCAGUAACAACAUCAACAACAUCAACAGCAACAAUAUCAAAAUUUAACUCAACUUCAAGAAGUGCUACAAUAAAACCAAUCUAUCCUGAUACAUUUACUACGGGUGCUAUUGCUGGUAUAGCAAUUGGAAUAGUUGCAUUUGUUUUUUGUAUUUCGAUAAAAAAUACAAAAUGUGCGUUCAGUUUACAAGAUUUGAAUCUUAAUGAUAUAACAUCAUUGUGGGAUAAAUUUCCAUCGAUAAUAACCAAGGUAAAGGAGGCUGUGAGCCGUUUUCGAUGUCCAAAAGGAUGGCGUCGACUGGGAGGUUCCUGCUAUUAUCGGUCAAACUUGACAUCGACACCAGACGAAGUCAAUUAUACGUGCAAUUCAUUGUAUUCCACUCAUUCAACACUUAUGAAAAUACGUACAACUAUGGAAUUGUUUUAUGCUGCACACAUACUGACAAAAUACAAUUUAUCAGCAUUACUCGUUGGCAUCAGUCCACAACUUAUAAAAGAAAACAAAAUAGCCGAUUUAUUAAUGAGAGAUGAAGGAAAAUGGAAUAGUACAAAAAAAAAAUUUCAAGAAGCUAUAAAUCAAUAUAAUCGUUUUAAAAAAAGAGUUUUAGACGAAUUACGCGAUGCUGGUUUACGUAUUCAAAGACGAACAAAAAAAAUAAAACAAUCCUAUGAACAACGGGAAGCAGAUUUAAACCAACUAUCUUAUGACGAACAGCACGAUAAUAUCCAGUAUAUUGAACAUGACUAUCAAGAUCAGCAACAAACAAAUUCUGAUGGAAUGCUGGUUACAAUGACGUCUCACAUCUCACCUUCUACAGAAGUAGAAGAUGAAUAUGAAGACGAUGAUUUAGCGUCGAAUGAAGAAUUCGAAAAAUUAGAUGAAAUUAAAGAUAUUUGUGAUCAAUUGAUAUGGAGUGGAAAUAAAAAUGAUUCAUCAUCUUAUGUUUUAACAACGUAUUUAAUAUCAGAUAAAAUAGUUUGUUCACUGAGUGAUAAUGACGCAAAAGUAUCAUAUAAUCACGUUUGUGAAUAUGUGCUAGAUUUUUGUUUUGCUAAUGUUGUUUGUGGACAACAUGGACAUUGUGUGAAUACACUGGCUGGUUUCAAAUGUUCAUGUUCAUUUCUAUAUGGUGGUUUGCUCUGUGAACGAAUUUCAAAACAAGGAAAACAAAUCAUUAUUGGUUUUAUUAUAAUUAUUGUUAUGUAUGUGUUAACAUUAAAGCCUGUUUGUAGUUUCUUAGGUUAUAUAGCUAAACAUUCUUUAAAAAAAAUGAAACCUGCAACACACAAACAAAAAGAAAACUCAGAACUCGAUCAAACUCAUAAUAAUAACGAUGAUGAAUGGAACAAUAGACUAUUGGAACAAAGUUCACAAAAUGUUAUGAAUAAUGCUCAUCAACUACAGUAUUAUAGCCUUUUACAAAAGCCGCCACCACUUCUAAAUCCAAUAAACAGAGAUUUAGUUCGACUAUCUCUGGUUGCCGGUUUAUUAUUGUUUUUUUUAUUAUUAUUAUUAGUUAUUACAACUGUUGUACAUUUUACAAGUUUUCAGUUUGGUAUCAUCGAUGAAAAAAGAAUAGAAAAUAUUGUCAAUGAUACAGUUCGACUAGUAACACGAUGUGAAAAAAUAUCUGAUUAUCGAAUAGGAAAUUUAUUUAUGUUUCCAAUUUCAUUAGCUUUGAUUCUUUUAUUUUCUUGGUUUAUUAAAAGUGAUAAAAAAUGUUUGAAACACUGUGAUGGACGACCUGGUAUAAUACCACCAAUUGAACCAUUUCGUACUGCCAAUCGUUUUACGACAGCUACUGUCUUUGGAAUAUUAGCAUUUGAAGUACUAAAAAUAUUUGAAGAGGUAUUGUUUUCUACAACCGAACCAUCAAAACAAGGUGUAUUAUUCGAAUUACUUGAACGUAUAGCUGUUGUAUUAUUAGUUGGAAUGCGUUAUUAUCCAGUAUUGGCAUCAUUACAAUUACGAAAUAUUUUUUGUCGUUUUAUGUCAUGGUUAUAUAUUCUUCCAGAUUUGACAUUUACAAUUUAUCGUGAAGGUUCAUGUAUGGGUUUUUUACCAUUAUCAAAACGAUUUUCAGCCAUUGAAGAAUCAAAAUUACGUCUUGAAUGGGGUUCAUGGUUCAUAAUUUAUGGUUUAGUUAAAAAUACUCCACAUUUUGUUUGUUUAUCUUAUAUUGCAUCUGAAUUAACCGUACGAUUAUGGUAUGAUUCAUGUUAUAAACAAUUAAAAUCUAAGAAAAGUAUCUGGAUAUCACCUAUUAUAGAAUAUGAUGAAUAUAAUUUUUCAAAAUAUUAUGUUAUGAAAUUAUUUCGUCGUACAGUUUCUAUGAAUAAGAAUAUUAAUUCUGUUAAUAAUACCGUAAACACAAGUGAUGAAGAACAAGAAUUAUGUUCGUCUAAAAAAAAAUCAAGAAUCAAAAAAAUAUUCAAUAAAAUUUAUGUUUGGGAUAAUGAUUUUCGUUUUACAACAAUGACUCUAUGUACAUAUACAGUCGCAAUUGUAUUCUUAUAUUAUUUGACAUGUACACUUGUAUUUUUAUAUUUAUCACGUACAUUUGGUCAUACAACAUUUCUAAGAUCUUAUCUUGAACAAUUAUUAGAUUAUGAAUUUACUAAUUGGUCAUUUAAGCUUGAAAUUAUACUUAGUGCAAUUUGUACAGGUAUAGUCUAUCUAGGACAAUUAUUCAUUGGAAUGCAAAAUUAUAAAAAACAUAAAAAAGAAUUGUUUCAAGGUAUUCCAUCCAUCGAUAUUCCAUUACCAAAAGGAAUGAAAAACAAUUCUGUGGCAUCGAAGUCUGUACAUUAUAGUGGUUUUUUAGUAGGCUAUAUGGCAUGGGGUUAUAUUAUUUGUUUUCAUGUACUAUUCUUUGUAUUGGGUAUGUUACGCCUAAUUCGUGCUCGAAUACGACACAUAGAACUGUUGAUGACCAUUAUUGUACCAAUAUUAGUCGUUUAUUUAAUGAAAUUAGUCAUGGUAUCAUCAGUUGGAAAAUUUAUAUUUAUUCAAGAUCUUGGUGAAAAAUUAAAUUUAAAAAAUCGUAAAACAUACGCCAUUUUUGUUUAUUUUAAUUUUUUUGCUGAUUGCUUUCUUGGAAUUGCCUCGUGUAUUAUUCGAUUAAUUAAAUCAAUAUGUUUGAAUAUUCUCUAUAUGGCACGUUUAGAUUGUAGUUUUCUUGGUCGACCACUCGAAAAAUUUGAUAUUGGAUUUUCUUCUUAUGUGUCAUAUUUAUAUAUGGAAGUAACUCAUACACAUCCUGUCAUGUUAGCAUUUUGUUAUUCAUUGUAUGAUGAUAUUAUAAAUAAACGUAAUAGGAAAGAGUACGAUAAUGAAUGUUGUAUUGGUCCUAGUGGAAAUGAUAAUGAUGUUGAAAGUCAGAUCACUAAAAAAGGAAUAGAACAUGAAAGAAAUAAUAGAACGAGAAAAAAUAACAGUAAUGGUUCUAUCGAUGAUAAGAAUGUGGACAAAGGAAUAAGAAAAUCAUCAGAAAGCGAUUCUACAACAAAUUUGAUACAAGAACAGAAGCAAACUCAAAAACAAGUAACAACAUCACAAAAUCAGACGGAUGAUGAUGAUGAUAAUGAUGAUGAGGGACUUUCAAUAAAAGAUAAAGAGUCGACAUUGUGCGAAACCAUUGAACUUUUGCCAAAAAUGAAACCAAAUUUAAGGAACGAGCAUGCCGAUGAAGAAAAGCAAACAAAUAAUAAAAGAUUAUCAGUUUUCAAACCCACUACAAAAUCAGAAUCAAUUAAUACUAAGAAAGUGAAAGGAGAAAUUGACUUUGAUGAUGGUAGAAUUACUCAAAACUCAUAUUCGACUCCUGAACAAAUGUUCAUUAAAAACGCAAAAUUACCAUGUUUACUGGAUACUGCCGAGAGUAAUCAAAUCGAUGUUUGCAAAAUACGAAAAAGACCGGAUAAACCAAAAUUAAAACAGAAUGAAGAUGAUGAAGAGGAUAUUGAUGGCGGAAGAGUUCUCAAGAGGUGUGAUACUGUUGAGAAACUACUAUCGAAAAAAAGACUACAGCUUGGUUUAAAGCAGCAGUCGGAUGAAAAACAAGACGAAUCUGAAGAAGAUGAUGAUGGAGCGAUUCAAGUAGUUUUAAAGACAAAAGACCCUCGAAAAAAAUCAGAAAAACCCAAAAAACAAACGGUUGAAUAUAUCGAAGACGAGGAUGGAAAUAUAAGAAGAGCACAACAGUCCCAUGAUACUACGAGUAAGAUCGUUUUGAUAAAAAAACCUAUUUCAUUAAAAACUCGAAGUGCGCCAGAAAACGAUCAAGAUGAAGAAGUUGAAGUUAGCAGAAGCAGAGGGGAGAGUUUAAAUAAAAAGCCAAACGGUAAUAAAGUGAGAAAAACAGAACGUGAUGAUAAUCUACUGGAAGGUGGCGAGGGAAGACUUGUCAAACCAAAAAAAUCUUAUGAUGAAGUAAUCAAAUUAGUCCCAUUAACUAAACCAAAGCUCUUCGAUAAUUUGCAUUCAAAAGCAAAAGAAAGGGACAUAGAAGGCUGCGAUAAUGGUUCGAUAAGCGAAUCACAAACAAGGUCAUCCAAAAAUUCAUUGAAAAGUUCGUCAAACGAGAAGAAUGAUAAAACAAGAAUAUGCGAUACAACCAAACCAUCUUAUGAUGAAAAUAGAAAUAGUAAUAACAACAUUAUUAUAACUACCGCAACUGUUGAUGAAAAAACGAAAUACGAUAGCAGAAAACAAGACCAGUCAUCUACUUAUAAUCAAGUUCCAAGCCAUAAUAAUAUACUGCGAACAAUAUCUUAUAGUCAGGCUCAAAAAUCUCCACCACCACCGUUACCAUCUCGACAACCAUUAAUCAAAAAUAAAAACAAUCAAUAUAAUCAUCAACUUCUCUCGCUGUCGCCUGAUCACAGUGAUAAUGAUUCAUCAGUGUCCUCAGACAGGGCGAUAUCAGAACCAAAUAGUUGGAGUGUUAUCAACCAUUCCUAUUCAAUGAUUAGCUCAUUAAAAUCGUCUUUAAAUACUUCAACCAGAGAAAAACAACUACAAAUCCAACAACAAUCGGUAAAACAAGAUAAUGACGAAAACACCGAAGCAGAUAUAAGCAGCGAUAACAAUGAUGAUGAAGAUCAAGAAGAUAUUCAUAGUUCAACAAAAAGAAGUGUAUCAGAAGCACCACCAGGUAUUUCUACUGCUAGUCCGAUUCCAAGUGAGCAUCCAUCUCGACCUCAAAAAAAUGAAAAUAAAAAAGACAAAAUAUUGAAGAAAAAGAGAGCUCGCUUUCGGUGGUAUUUAGCUUAUACGAUAAUUAAUAAUUAUCGUCUAUUUGAUUUACGCAAGCAACUAGCAGGACGUCUCGUAACUUUUAUUUUACAGCGCAAUAAUUUACAAAUGGAAUCACAACAGCAGAUUCAACCAGGUGCAGAUACGCAACCAGAAGAAUACCGUCAACCGACACAACCUCAACCAGUUUUCUCACCGGUACCACAAAGCCCAGCUGAACGAUAUAUUAUGAUGAAAGCAAGUCAGCUAUUCAAUUCGAAUGCAGAAACACCACUGCAUUCACCAUCUUUUCCUCCUCCAAGAUCUGAUCGUUCUCAAGUUACUAUAGACCAUAGUCAAGAAUUUCUACCUGGCGUUAUCCAAUCACCGAGUGUCAGAACAGUCACUUCUACUACAAGAAAAUUCCCAGCUGCAGAUGAAGAAGUUCGGCCCUCAACUUUUCGUCAAAAAUCUCAGCCAUCACCGUCAACAGCGCCAAUUAUUUUUUCUAAAAGUAUACCAUUUUUGGGUAUAACAAAUUCUUCACUAUCCAACGAACCAACAGCACUUUCAACAACGAGCACGGGUCAAUCAAUUACAUUCUUAACCGUAAUUAGUCAUCAACAAUACAUGCAAUCGUGGAGACAACAGAAAAUAGAAAAACUAAGGAAAAAACAUCCAAAUUGUUUCGUAUAUGGUGAACAACAACCCCUAACAAGCAAUCUUACACCAUCAGCAAUACUCACACCAUUUUCAUUAGAUUCUAAUCAAAAAUCGGCAUCAAUCAACACAGCCUCGAUUAAAAAACCAACACCUUCACCAUUUUAUGGAUAUAAUGACAAUAAUAGUAUUAAGAAUAUUCCACGACCUGAAUCACUUCGGACUCGUACAGCACCAAUAUCAAAUGAUACGAAUAGUAAUCAAUUUAAAGUUGUCUCUGAAACUAAAGGCGAUGAUCAUUCACAUGUGCAUAAACAUAACAAACACUCAAAAAAUACUAUUGAACAGCCUCAUCCUAUACCCCCACCUCGAAUGGAUUUGAUAAGAGAAGAAUUGGACAGGCCCUAUAACAGUGAACAGAGUUCUAAUCCGCCAUAA